GCAUUUUGUCUCACAUUUUAUUUCCAGAUCUCAUUGAGUGGGUGGGGAAAAGCUUUCAGAGUUCAGCAUUCACUUGGUUCUUCAUCUGCUAUGUUUUCUGUUAGUGCGAGAAUCCAAUGACUCUGAUAUUUAGCUUGUGGAUCUAGUUUUUGAAGCGUCUAAAGUCUGGGGUUCCUGGACAAUGUGGUCUGUAUGUUUGCUGUGCGUUCCUUUUCUUCCUGGGAGUCCUGACAGCUGUAUGGUUCUGCUGGGUCUGUUCACCUUCCUUCUGCCUUCUCAUAAACAAUUCUUUGUUGCUCAGAAUUUUUCUCUUAUGUAAACGUCUACUAGGUUUUUCCCACGUCCGUCCUCCAAUCUCAGUAUUUCAUUUUCCUCCUGAAUCUGAUCUGUCUGUCCUCAUCCUUGCUUUAUCUUGCCCUCUUGCUUUAUCGAGACUUGCUGCCUCAGCUCUUCUGCCAUUUGGAAUAUCCUUCCCACCAUUUUCAGAUUAAUCACAGGACUUCCACUGAUUGCCAGUGUUCUCUUGCCAGUGUUGGCAGGUGAUUCAGGCCCCCUUUAGAAACAGACUGAGGCUCCCCCUGACCACCCACUACACAGCAGAGACUGAGGCUCCGUGUCACCACAGGGCAAUCGUGGUGUCUGGAAGGCGAGCGCCCAUCCAGAGCCAACGCCUGACCACUGCAGCUUGGGGCAGAAGAAAGCAAGUUUUGCUCUUGGAGGAGUCAGAUCCUGGGGAGGAGCUGAGGCUGCUGCUUCCUGAUAUACCCAUGAUGCAUGGGUUCCAUCCAAUACUUGAAGAGCAAAUUUGGCAAGGAUUACCUGCUGCAGAUGAAGAUGAAGACCCCCACGCAAGAGGAGACCCUUCACUUCACGCUGAAAUUCUAAGGCUUUCCCCCCAGGCCGCUUGGUGGGAAAGGGUCAAUAGCCAACUUCCAGUGUCCCUGGAGAAGAUCAUGGAGCCGUCCAGUCCAGCGGUUCUCCUGGAGCUCUCCAAGGAGCAGGACUUAGAUGGGUUUGAGGAGGGACGUGAUCCUUCAGUGCAGUGGAAGCUCCCAGCAGAAGAACCCGAAAGCUCAAAUACCCUACGAUUCUGUUUAAGCCUGACUGAGAAGAUGACCUAGUCAUAGCCAAGAGGGAUACGUAACGGCUAGAGAGACAGAGGUGGAUGGGCGGGUGGG